AUGGCGCUCGCCGCUACCGCCCUGCUGCGCGCCCUCGCCAUCACAGCCGGCCUCGCUGCCGCAGCCUCCAGCAGCAGCAGCAGCAGCUCCUCUUCCGACGACACACCCCUCCCCGUCGUCAUCUGGCACGGCCUCGGCGACAGCUUCUCCGGCGAGGGCAUCCAGGCCGUCGCCGCCCUCGCCGACGCCGUCCACCCGGGCACCUUUGUGCACAGCAUCUCCGUCGCCGGCGACGACGCCAGCGCCGACCGCUCCGCCACCUUUUUCGGCAACGUCUCGGCCCAGGUCGACGCCGUCUGCGCGCAGCUCGCCGCCCACCCGAUCCUCUCCACCGCGCCCGCCGUCGACGCCCUCGGCUUCUCCCAGGGCGGCCAGUUCCUGCGCGCCUACGUCCAGCGCUGCAACCGGCCCCAGGUCCGCAGCCUCGUCACCUUUGGCAGCCAGCACAACGGCAUCGCCGAGUUUCGCGAGUGCGGCGCCUCGGACUUUCUCUGCCGCGGCGCCAUGGCCCUGCUGCGCUUCAACACCUGGAGCAGCUUCGUGCAGAGCCGCCUGGUCCCCGCCCAGUACUUUCGCGACCCGGCCGACCUGCCGGCCUACCUCGAGGGCUCGCAGUUCCUCGCCGACAUCAACAACGAGCGCCCGGCCAGGAAUCACGACUACAAGAAGAACCUGGCCAGCCUGAAAAAGUUUGUCAUGUUCCUCUUCGAGGACGACACCAUGGUCCACCCCCGCGAGUCGUCGUGGUUCGGCGAGGUCAGCGCCGAGACGCAGGAGAGCGUGCCGCUGCGCAAGCGCCAGAUCUACAAGGAGGACUGGCUGGGACUCCGCGAGCUCGACGACAAGGGCGCGCUGGUCUUUCGCUCCAUCACCGCGGACCACAUGCAGAUUCCGGAAAAGGUCCUCAACGAGACCAUGCGAGACUUCUUCGGGUCCUGGAAGCGCAAGUUUCCGUCGCAUCGAAACGAGCAGCCCAAGGUCUACGGCCAGAAGAACUACGCCAACCUGGAGCUGUAA